AUGGCUACUCCUGACCCACCCACAGGGGACCAGGUUCGCAGCAAGUGGAGGCCUGGGAAACCUCUCAUGGGAACAACUACGUCCCACACACCGAAAACCCGAUCGAGACACUCACCUGGGUUGAGAGCACUACGGGUCCAGACCCCCAAGUACCAGCCACACACACGGAGGACCGCCAGACACCCACGAUGCCGACGCAUACCCGAUAAAUGCAAGGCCCACCGCACCACCCUGACGGGGACAACCCUGGACCUCAAAGGUACCCAGGCGAAUGGCAUGAAGGUACAAGCUCUCCUACAACUCCACGACACGGCACUGCUCCCCUGA